UAAUCUGAUCUAACUUCAAAACAAUUGUAAGAUGUAUAAUUAUUGUUUUUAAUUGCGUGAUUGGAUUAAGCUGGCAAAGAUGAGUCGAGAUUCAAAAAACACCAGCAGCGAUUCGGAUGAGGUGCUCAUUGAGGAGAUUGACAGCAACGAUGUACCAGAAAAUGAAUUAGCGCAGUUUGAAGAAACGGAGCCGCUGCGAGUUGUGGAGAUCAUAGACUGUAAUAUUGAGGAUGCUAAUCAACAGCCGGCAACCACGGGGGAGACUAUUGAUGAUACUGACAAAGAGGAAGAAAGUGCGUUGAUUAGACGAUAUGUGGAGGAUGUGCAGUGCUUGGAGUUUCCCGAUUUUUGCACAAAGCUCGAGCCUGGCGAUGAGGACGAUGACGAUGAUGAUGAUGGUAAUAAUGACGAAGAGGAAAACGGCAAGGCAACGGAUAAAGCAGUUAUAGUAAUAAAGGAUGAUGCCCCAGUAGUCUCCACCAGUGCUGCAGCUGCAGCAGCAGCAGCUAAACAAACUGCAGCGCCAAAGACAAGCGCAGAGACGUCCGCAGCUGGUCGCGCUGAACCAGCAGCUAACAGCGGCGGUGGUAUGGGAGGAGGCGGCCACUUGGGUCGCCGUAGUCAGCUGAGCGCAGCCUUGUUGGGCCUAAUGGGCGAGGCAAAUUUGUCGUUUGUCUAUGGACGCUACGACACAGCCGAGCGCAUCUGCAUGGAGAUUAUACGACAGAAUCCUUUAGCCAGCGAGCCCUUCUACACGCUGGCGGAGAUCUACGAGAACCGCGAUGAAGUCAAGUUUCUGCAUUUUUCGACAAUAGCAGCGCAUCUUAAUCCACAAGAUAGAGACAUGUGGCUGCGUAUUUCCGAUUUGUUGGUGCAACAAGGUAAUUUGGCACGCGCACGUGUCUGCUACACCAAAGCCAUCAAGGUGCUGCAUAAAGAUUACUUCCUGCGCCUGCGGAAGGCGCAGCUGCUGGAGCGCAUGGGCGAGACCAAUGCAGCGAUGUUUACAUAUCUAAAAAUGCUGCCGCUGAUGCCUGCCAGCGAAUGGAGCUUAUGCCUCAGCACGGCCAAGUGUGUGACGCGGUACUUCCAUGUGCUUGAGAAGCAUAGCAUUGCACUGGAGGCCAUGUCCGGUGCAUACAACGUAUGCGGCGAACGCUUCACGGUUGAGGAUCUCAACAUUUAUUUGGAGCUGCUCAUACUCAACAAACAGUUCGAUAAGGUGUUGAGUUGCCUGCGUGAGCGCACACAGCUGGAGCUGGAAACGGAACAAGACGAGAGCCUGGAGCUGAUCUACUUUUGCAACAUACCCGACGACUAUGUGCCAGAGCUGCGCGCCAAGCUCUGCGUCAGUCUCAUCAACAUGCAUGCGCAUCAUUUGUUGGGCUACCUCGUGCAAAAUAUUCAGGAGCACAUCACGCCCAGCGUCGAACGCAUUGAGCUCUAUAUGGACAUUACCGAGGCUCUAAUGCAGGAACAUAAGUAUGCAGAGGCCAUAGCCCUAAUGCGUCCUAUUACUGAUGCCGACACCUUUGAGUGUCCAGCCUUUGUUUGGCUGCGCCAGGCCGAGUGCCUGCGUCAGUUGAAUCGCACAAAUGAGGCCAUCCAGAGCUAUCAGAAGGUGGUGCAACUGGCGCCCUACUGCUCCGAGGCCAAGUUCACGCUCUCUGCGCUGCUUAAGCAGCAGGGCAGGCAUGAGGAGGCGGUCAAAGCGCUGGAGCAGUUUGGCGAAAGCGAAGGCCAGCCAUUGCAUGCUCGAUUGCUUUACGAGCGCUGCAUAAUGCUGCAGCAGAUUGGACGCAUUGAGGAGUUCAUUGAUGUGGGCUAUGUGCUGCUUAGCCGACACUCCAUUCAGCUAAAGAAUCGCGAGGAGAUGCUAACGGCGGCCAAUGGCGGCGGCGCCUACAAUACGGACGGUCUGAAGUCCAUUAUGCAAAUGAGAAAUUUGGCGGCGGGUCAAAGCGAGCAGGAGGCGCAGGAAACUAGCAAAGCGGCUGCCACAACCGAAUCGUCAGAUCUAACCAUCAAGGACGAGUUCGAAUUGUUUCUGGAGCUGCUACGCACGGCUUUCACUCGUGGUGGCAUGCAUGCCGCCAUCGAGCGCAUGUGCUUUGCCAUGGUUACCACCAAACGGUUCACCUACUAUCAUUAUGAGAUUGAGCGCAUUAUGAUACUCGCCUGCUACUUUAAUCAGGACUGCACCAUUGGCUUUUCCUAUCUAAGAGAAUUGAUUGCCAAGCGGCCAGAGCAUAUUAAUCUAUGGAAUUUGCUGUCGCUCAUGGUGCAGCAGGGCGAUGAGGUGCGCUACUGUCGCUACAUUCGACGCUUGCUGCAACGGCAUCCAAAUGUCACACAGCCCAUGCGCCUCUUCCUGGGUCACUAUCAUCUCAACUGCAGCUCGUAUAAAUACGCUUUGAACGUCUAUGUGCCCAUCUUGCAUGAGCAGCCGCAUGCUUUGGUUGCGCUCUCCAUUGCCGUGGUCUUCAAUCAGCUGGGAUUGCAAAAGAAGGUGCUGCGCAAGUCGGCAGCAGUGGCUCAGGCUGUGGCCUUUGCUCAACGCUAUGCGGAGCUACGCUCCGGCAGCAGCACCAGCUAUGAUAAAGACGAUCCAAACACAUGUGCUGCUCAGCAGGAGAUUUACUACAACAUCGGACGCAUCUAUCAUCAGGCAAACAUUUUACACUUGGCUACGGAAUACUAUGAGCGCGCCCUAGCCGUGCAGCAUCCGCUGCUAACGGAGCACGCUGCCACACUGGGACUGCAACAUGAAACGGCGUUCAAUUUGCAUCUCAUUUAUAAAGCCAGUGGAAACAAGUGGAAAGCACGACAAUGCUUGAUGCAAUAUUGUGUUGUUUAGUAAACAUAUAAGUUAUUUAACCUUCGUUGAUAAUCAUUAGCUGAAAAUCAGGAUGUACAACAUCUCGAUCGCUUGGGCAAUUUAACUGUUAAAUAUGGCAGUAGAAGUGAAAUACACUUUGAAAUCAAAGAUCACUGCAGAUUGUAUAUAGAGUCGCAGCAUAUAGCUCUACGAGCUGAACUGAACCAAAUGUUCGAAAAACAAAACCAACAAUUAACACAACAAAUGGCUACGAUAAACAGCAAUUUCACUUUGGCAUCAGCUCAAUAUCCAAGCAGCUGUGCUGAGGCAACAGCCUUGAGUCGUCGCAGCGGUGUUUAUCUGUUGCAGUUGCCCGGCUACAGUGUAGCUCCAUUUAUUGCAAGUUGUGAUGAGCAUACUCAGGGCGGUGGCUGGACCGUUGUGUUGCGACGUCAGGAUGGCAGCGUGGACUUCUACUUGUAUUGGCAGGACUUUAAACAUGGUAUUGGCAAUGCGCAUGGCGAAUUCUUUAUAGGUUUGGACAAGCUCCACGCCUUAACUAAUAAUGGAGACCAGGAGUUGCUCGUUAUUAUGGAGAAUAGCGAAGGAGUGCAUAAAUACGCAAAAUAUGAUUAUUUUGCCAUUGGUGAUGAAAUGAGUAACUAUAAGCUGACGACUUUGGGUAUGUACUCCGGCGAUGCUGGAGACUCCUUAAGACGUCACGAAGGAAUGUCUUUUUCUACACGUGAUCGAGAUGUUGAUGCUCUUCCUGGCGACAAUUGUGCUGUAGCUUACACGGGCGGCUGGUGGUACGAAAAAUGUCA